GGCUUUAAUGGCUUCGGCCUCAGUGAAGAGAUGGUUGAGGCCUGAGGUCUAUCCGCUAUUUGUAGCAGUUGGAACAGCUGUAGGUAUUUGUGCUCUGCAAUUGAUGAGGAACAUAACGACUAAUCCUGAAGUCAGGGUUCUCAAGGAAAAUAGAAAAGCCGGAGUGUUCGAUAAUCAUGCGGAAGGGGAGAAAUAUGCAGAACACGGCCUGAGAAAAUACGUGCGGAAUAAAUCACCUCAAAUCAUGCCGUCUGUGAACGGCUUCUUCUCCGAGCCAAAUUAAAAGGGAGAUUUCUUAUUGCUGUUUUGAUUAAUUAUAAUUGCUGCCGAGUUCUCUUCUGGUUUGGUUUGCAAUUUCAGUUUGUGUGGGGGUUGUUGUGCACUAAUUGUAAUUUGGAAAUUAUUAUUGUUUUUGGAGGUGAAAAUCUGAAUAAGAAAUUGUACUCCAAUUAUUUCGUGUAUUUUGAUUCAAAAUUGGCUUGAUGUUAUAUGAAUAUUUGGACAAAUUUUUACAUUU